GCGUCGCCAUGUCGCUGCUGCCUGGGGGCUGCCGCGGCGCCGCCGCUACCGCUGCCCGGCGACUGCUGCUGCUAUCGGGGCCUCACGCACGGGUGUCAGAAAGCCAUGUGUGUAACCAGUAUGGAACAUCAAGUUCUUUGACUGAGGAGACAAAAAAAAUUCUCCAAAAUGGACCAGACUUAGAGGACUUUGUAUCAGGAGAUUUGGCAGAUAAGAGUGCGUGGGCUGAGUACAAAGGCAAUUUAAAGCGUCAGAAAGGAGAAAGGCUGCGACUUCCUCCAUGGCUGAAAACAGAGAUUCCCAUGGGCAAAAAUUACAAUAAACUGAAAAAUACCUUGAGGAGUUUAAAUCUGCACACGGUAUGUGAGGAAGCACGUUGUCCCAACAUUGGGGAAUGCUGGGGAGGUGGUGAAUAUGCUACAGCUACAGCUACUAUUAUGCUGAUGGGUGACACGUGCACUAGAGGCUGCAGAUUUUGUUCAGUAAAGACAGCAAAAAAUCCACCUCCACUGGAUCCCGAGGAGCCUUAUAACACAGCAAAAGCUAUUGCUGAGUGGGGCUUGGACUACGUUGUAUUGACAUCGGUGGACAGAGACGAUAUGCCUGAUGGUGGAGCAGAACACUUUGCAAAGACGGUCUCCCAUCUGAAAGAAAGGAACUCAAAAAUAGUUGUGGAAUGCCUUACCCCUGAUUUCCGAGGGGACCUUAAGGCUGUGGAGAAGGUAGCACUGUCAGGGCUGGACGUGUAUGCCCACAACGUGGAGACCGUUCCGGAAUUACAGAGGAAAAUCCGCGAUCCCCGAGCCAACUUCGAGCAGUCCGUCCGUGUGCUGAAGCACGCCAAGGAGGUGCAGCCCCGUGUCAUUUCCAAGACAUCCCUCAUGCUGGGGCUGGGUGAGACAGAUGAACAGGUGUUUUCAACGAUGAAGUUGUUGCGUGAAGCAGGUGUGGAUUGUUUGACUCUGGGACAAUACAUGCAACCAACAAAACGUCACCUAAAGGUUGAGGAGUAUGUAACACCUGAAAAAUUCAAAUACUGGGAAAAAGUAGGAAAUGAUCUUGGAUUCCAUUACACAGCUAGCGGGCCUCUAGUGCGUUCCUCCUAUAAAGCAGGUGAAUUCUUCUUGAAGAACUUGGUGGAAAAAAGAAAGACGAAAGUCUUCUGAAAAUGAGAGUGAGCCUAUUUAAAGCAGCCAGUUCUAAGGAUCCUUUUUCAGCACAUAAUUAUACCCAGUUCCAGAAAUACAGAAGGCCAGAUGGCGGAGGCACGAAAACUUACUAUCUUUCCAGAACAUUUUACUCUUACCAAAACACUGUUAUUGUACCUAACUCCUGGCAGUGCUACAACUAUGUAGUCCUUCCAGCAUUAAGCAGUAAGUCAGAAGACAGAAUUGAUUUUGAAAGAGCAAAGUGAUUGAGGUAAGCUGAAAAAUAAUCAGAGGUUUAAGUAAAGAUUUGAUGCUACCAUCAAUGUUGCUGCAAUUAGAUACUGCUUAAGAUGCCAAUAAUAGGUAUUUUGAAAGGCAGUGAGAUCUUGCUGUGUCUUACCAUUACUAUGUAACACAAGCUUGCAGGGACUGUGGGAAAUAAAGGAUUUACAAAACAGCAUACAUGACAAAGGACCACAUUAGGAUUAUUUUGAACCACACCAGAGAAGUACUGUUAAUUCAAGACAUUGUCUUUUGCCUGCAUCUUAAGAAAAUUAACUGUGCCAUUCUGAGAGCUAAUGCUUUGCAGGUAUCUCAAAGGAUGAGUCUCAAUUAGGGGAUGAGAUGAAGAAAACAAGAUAGUUAACUUUGUAUAGAUAUCAAUUUAAAACACUAGGAAAUUGAUAGCAGCAAAGAGGGAGCCACCUUUAGCUUGGGUAUGUAUGUGACUGUAACAAACCCCUCUGCUUUCUCCAGAUGCUGCUUCAGCAUUGAGUGUCCAGAUUUGUGCAUAUCCUGUACUGUAAUUCUGCUCUGUUGUUGCCUGGGGAUUAAAGUUCUGUACCCCACCUGAGGGUGUGGAGGUUGCAUUCAGUCUGGGUGCCUGCCCCAGGGGAUUUGAUCUGAGUGUUUACUCUUCUGCAUUCAGAUUUAACUGCACUGUGGCUGAAAUGUAAAGUCUGUUAUGUACUGUACUAAGCUCAGGCAGAAAUAAAAGUGUGGCAUAUGGUACAAUAGCAA